CUUCAACGUUCAAAGUCAAGACUAUGAUCAAAACUUAAAAUCAAAAUCUAAAAUGAAUCAAAAUUUAAAAUCAAAAUUUUGAAUUAGAACUCAAAACUCAAAAUCAAGACUCAAAACCAAAACUCAAGCCCAAAACUCAAAAGCAUUGACCUAGGGACUGCAAAGUUCAAAAUACAAAAUCGCAAGCAAAAUUCAAAGUGUAAAAAUCAAAACCAAGGCAAAAGUUUACACGUGAAGAGACUUCUUGGGAGCAAAUGGUAAUGGCUUUAGAUUUUGGAAGCCUAGCUGUUUCGUUGUUUUUUCUUAUCCAUUUUUUUCAGGGUCGUUCUUCCUUGUCAGGCGUUCGCCAAAUUUCGCAUUUCACGUAGCUCAGAAAAAGUAGAGGCCCAUGAGGCCUCCGGCCGCUGCAUUUCUAUUCCGCGCGUGGCUCCUAGUAAUCAUGCGCUUCUGUUCAAAAAAGUUUUGCUAUUGCUACUCCAGAACUUUCUUUUUUUACUCAAUACUGCAAGAUAAUGUAGUCGCCGCUUACAUGUUCACCUUCGCAGAUUAAUUUUGUAUCAUCUUGCAUGCGGUUGCGGUAUUGUGAUUCCUCUGUAGUGGGUUAUCGGGUAGUUUGGCACAACCGUCUUUACAUAAGUACAUUUCUUGGUACUAGAUUCAUCAGGAAUGACAGCACGUAUCUUCUUCCACAUCCACACUUUUAACAGGAGAAAGUACUCAUUCGGUAAGUAUUUGCUUCCCAGACCGACACCUUAUCUAAGGAAUAUUGUUCAGGCAUAUUUUGGAGUCAUUAACUUACAACAGAUUCACGAGCAGAAAAAGUUGAUCCUCAUUUAGCAGAUGAGCAGUCGUGCUUGAUCAACAGAGACGAGCCAGCCAUUCCAUCAUAAGUACAUAAAUUUAUGUGAAACAAAAUAAGCACAACUAGCAGUCAUAAAAAAACAUGAGGAAGAAGAUCAGCAAGAUGCCAGCCAAAUCAAAAAAUAUCGGACGCAGUGCAUUAUUUGUAUGCGCCGCGAUUGUGGGAAGCCGAGGAGCAAGCAUAUUCCCGGCUGGUGUUGUAGUCCACGAGGACCACAUUGGUUGUAGUUCUCCCACGAGCGAUAUUGAAAUUGAAUCUUCAGAGGAGGAAGACAUCAAAGAGAAUUCGUCGGAGAAAACGAAACGCGUUGAGGUGGAAGCCGACGCCGUCAAGAGCAAGGGGCCGCUUCUUUCGGGAGGAUCAUCGUGCUCUCAUCCGACCCGCGACGACACCAGGUUCAGACACAGUCCAACCUCUUCCGAUGUGGAAGCUGCUGCAGUGGGCGCCAUGGCUUCAUCGAUUCCUUCUGAACAACAGGACAAGGAUGCGCGUGCACUAGAGAAGCGUAUGACGCAGCUGACCCUGAACCCGAAUCCAACACAAGAGGGAGAGCUGCAAAGAAAAUUCGACAGGGAAUGCCGUAAACGAAAAAAACUCGAGGAGACGCUUCGCUCGCAAGGCGAACAAAUCGACAGGGUGCACAAGAAUGGACUAGCGGGCUUGUGCAUAUCAAUUAUAUUACUAAUGGUACAACUCGUGUCGAACCAAGUGCCUCCACGUCCACCCGUCGCACCGCGAGCGUCAGGAAAUGCGGGUGCAACUUCUGACACGGUAGGAGAGCAGUACCAUGCUGGUGGCUGGGGUAUCCUGCGCACCUUUCAAGAUCCGAGUGCUAUUGCGAAAACUUGCGCCAAAGAAGCGUGUAAGCUAACCCAGUGGCCUUUCCUCUGCGCUUCUUUUGAAGUUGGGGUUGAUGAAGGGCAGGCCUCGCGUUGUAAGCAUGCCCUCGUUCCUGGAGUGUGCGAAGGUCUUCAACAACACAGCGGAGCUGAAGUGCCUGGCCUUGCUGUCGUUGGGAUUCCAUGCGUCUUCCCGCUGCCUCCAAAAUUUGGAGAAAAUGCAACUCACAUUUGGCGGUUUGAACACAACGAGGAGUUCAGCGGCGAUCGAUCAGCAUCGUCGUCCCAUUCAAGCAACACCAAAAUGAAAGGGAGAAGAUUACAUCAACCAACUUCCAGCACAGGAAAAGGGCCCGUGGUAUGGCGAAAGCGGAUGUUUCAGGAAAAUCAGACCUGUGAAAUAGAAGCUAUCGUAAUUGCGAUCGGGCCACAGUGCCGUCUUCCCGAUCGUGAUGAAAGUGAAGAUCAAGAUGGGUACAACUGGGCACGGCUCUGGAAUACCUUCUACGAGAACCACAAGGACCUGGUGGGCAGACAGUUUAAAAAAUUCGUGAAGGAUGCGGGAUUUCGUUACUUAAAGAAUCGGUACCAGGGCAAUCCAGAGACCUUUCGCGAUUGCGUCGUGAACGCGCUGGACAAUCAAGCGGCAGACAUUUAUGUUUUUGGAUUCUAAACGUAAACGUAAACUUCGAUCAGAAGGGUCGAUACAGUAAUACUCCUCAACAUUUUAGUGAUUCUUCAUUUGGCACAACAGUGAAUACUUAAAUGUAGAAGGUGGAAGUUCUUGCUGAACAAAAGAGAUAAUAUGCACUACCGGGAGGUGCAUCCUCGACUGGGCUCAUCUCUAACGCGGGCUGGGAUGUCUUCUUCCGGAAGGAUGGCCUCGUCUGACAGGCUGGCAGAUGCGCGAAUUCCGGCAGGUCUACUUGCCUCAAAUACAGAGAUGGGUAAGGGAAACGUUGCAAGACCCUGGCGUGACUGAGUUGCGGUUUGAACAAAUUCGAGAAUUGGCAAACCUGAUGCUAGAAAAUGUUCGCUGAAAAGGGUUGUCUAUUACAAGUGUUGAUAUGUUGAAGAUGAGACAUUGAUAUUGAAGUUGAAUGAGGGCAGUGCUGCUGCUGUUCUCACCGAUCGCACCUAACCAUAGACAAUGAAUUGACGCGACACUGUCACGAGUAGGAUACGACGACGAAUUUAUAUCAAGUCAGUUGUGCAAUCGAUUCGUUGCGCAAUCCGCUCGCUCUCGGUCUCGCCAAGGGAAACUGGCACGCGAAAGUUUAACGAGUCGAUGGUUAGUUUAACAACCGCUAAUUUCAAUACGCUACGCAUUGAAAUUGAUUGGAGGAUAGAAACUCGAUUUAUCGAUGCAGUGGAUUUGUCUCUAAUGAGCAUAUGCUGGGAAGGAGAAAAGCAAAAGCAUGUAAGUAGUUUCUCAGCAAUACAAUUUAAAUAUUUCCUUUUUUGAGUACUUAUUCUUGUGAGUCAGGUUCGAUAUUGAUUUUAGUAGAAGCUGUUCGCGAUUGCAAGUCCAAAUCUCUGCUGUACACGAGCGUUUCGCAUGUGUCCAUUUCGGAACAAUAUGAUGUAGUUUUCUUGUCUCUUUGGUGCCGGUUGUGCGCGGUGUAGUUAUCUGACAGUAGCAGGUCGAGGCUAAGCCUAAGGUAGAGUUGGUCACAAUAAUGAUGCAGAAAAAGAUAAUAGUUGUAAAAAAGAUGAUGGCAUUCCAAACGAGGCGUUGCUAUAGGUGUGUCAUCCGUUAGCGGUCAAAGAGGCGUCGGCGCAUGUUGCCAUUCGGUAACGGUGCUAACUCUCCGAGGCUGCGGCUGACUUAUUUGCGAGACCGGUAUAAACAAUGGGAAAGUGCUAGAAAGUUGUUCUCUUCAUUUUAUCCUUCCCAUGAAUGCUAAGGUGGUGUCAUUGAGUAGGUCAAUCUCAAUGCGGUCUUCCCUCGCCAAGGGUGCCGCGCCAUGAUAGCGUUUUACUAGAAUGAACGCGUAGAUACGUAAUAUGUUAGAAAAUUAGUACAUGAUGUCACGUACUACAGAGGGCGCGAGGUGAGACAAAAAAGGCGGCUGUAGCUGUUCGUCCGUAAAAUAAUGGAUAUGCUCUGACUUGAAAAAACUUAAGGCGAAAACGCGCAUGCAGCGCACAAAAAAAUAAACAGUGGACUACGACUCCGUAACGGCCUGCAAAAAAAAAAAAAUGAAGUCAGUGUAUGUCGAAAAGGGCCUAAUCUCCUCUCUCGACGUGCAUCGUUUAUAAGAUCCGGCUUCGUUGCUAGGCGUAUGCGCUGGGUUUCGUCGCCACAGGCCGACAGCAACUAUAUGUUUAGAAGUUAAAAAUCCUCUGGUCUGUCUUUUUUCUAGUUAGGUCGCCGUCGGCUCCACCACAAUUUAUAAGUUAGAAAUAGAACAAAUGUGAAAGUUCCAGAAGCUAGAACCAAUAAAGGGGUUGGCAGUUGAUGCGACGUCAGAUGCUUGGUGUCGUACCAACACGUAUGUCAAGAAUCCGUACUGUAGUGGGAGCCUCUUAGUGCACAUAUUAGAAAGCGUGUGUUGAGAUAAGGUGAUGUAGUCGUAGAAAAAAGGAGCAAGAUCAAGAAGCGGCACAGAGACCUGGCGAUGUUCAAUGUGUUUGUUCGUUGCUGAAAACGAUCUCUACAAACUCUACAAAUUCAUUAGCGUGACAAAGUCAAUAUCUUUCUAACAAUCAUGACAAUGACUAGGACUACGGCCACCGCAAGAGGCUGAAGAAGUUGAAGGGGUGAGACAGGUGAGGGGUCUGCUGCGUCGUUAACGCCUUUCUGCAGUAAGGCCGUGUAGAACUACAGCUCAUCAGGGUCAAGUUGAAGAAAGACCACAAAGGGGACGACGACAGGGUGAAUUUUGGUAACCGGGAUUAUCUACAACCAGAUCUCUCAGGCCCUGGCUAUUUCUCCGAGGAACAACACGUGACCAAAAUCUUGCAGCUUGUUUCGAGGGUUUGUCAUUGAGAACACGCUAGUACUAAGCUGAGCUGCGUCUCUGGUGCCCCUCCCGCUGGCUCCCCUGUAAAUCUAAUACAUAAAGAGUGUACUUCAUCAUGUAUGAAAAAAAUCUCAUCUCGCGUCACUUCGUCACUCUCCUAAAACGCCACUCAGUCUCGCAUAUAACCGUUCUGGCACUUAUGUCACGCUUAACAUGCUAAUACAUAGGGAACUGGAAGCUCGACUCAGAUUUUUUUAUCAGAGUGGCAUUCGGAGUUGUUCGCAAAUGAACACUUGUGUCUCAUGAUUGCAGAGGAGCGCUAUUGAUUGAUCUGUAGACGAUGGAGCUGACCCUGACGCAAGAACGCGAAGAUCUUGA